AUAAUGAUUAAGUUUUGCACUGUUUGUGGAUCUAAAACAACAAUUGGCUUCAAUUUUGGUGUCCAAACGUGUCAAUCGUGUAAACAAUUUUUCAGGCGAAAUGCAUUCAAAAUUAAGGAGUUACGGUGUCGGGGUUAUGGCAAUUGUAAUAUAACUAUUGAUAAUAGAAAGUCCUGUCCAAAGUGUCGCCUAAUUAAAUGCUAUGCCUUGGGUAUGGAAAAACAAUGGAUAUUUAAUGCCAACGAAAAACAAUGGCAAAGAGUGACCAUCAAUGAGAUGGCAAACAUCACUAACGAAUCAAAUGAAUCGCAAAUUAAUGAAUUUAAAACUGAAGAUAAAUUAGCUGUUGAUGUUGUCGUUGUUGUAGAUGUAAAUGAAAACAGUUGUCAAACUACUAGCGAUGAUGACAACGACGAGGACGACAACAACUCGCAACUAUCAUCAGUGGUGCGACCGAUAACAGUGACACCGAUUCCCAAAGAGAUCAGUUAUGGCAGCGAUUGUCUACAGGAUGUCGAGCGACAACUAUUCGAUGAAUUGUUUACAGCGGCCACACCUACCGAAAAAGGUCCACUGCGUGACCAUCCGGAGCUUGUAUUGGACAUGACCAGUCAGGAGUUGUACCAUUUUUCGGCCAAUUAUUUUGACCAUUUUAUGACACUGUUUACCAAAUCGAUGACCAAAUUGACAGCAUUUAAUCGGCUAACUAGCGAUGACCAGAUUGCUUUGAUAAAGCACAGUUGCUUUCACAUACAGGUGCUAUUAUCAGUAUUUAAUUUUGACUAUCCGACACUGUGCUGGCGGGCAAAAACGAAAUAUAAUUUGAUAAUCAUUUCAUUGAAAUCAUUGAUUGGACUCGAGAUCGAUGUCUACACAAACUAUGAAAACUAUUUUCAUUGUUUGUACACUGAUUUGGAUUCUGAUAUUAAUAUCAUUUAUUUGUUAUUACCCAUCAUUAUAUUUAAUUAUCAUCAAUCAAACCUUAUUGACAAACAAUUGAUCAAAAAUGCUUGA